AUGCCUUUCACCAAGACUGUCAAGAACGAUGCCUACUUCAGUCGCUACCAGACUAAGUACCGCCGUCGCCGCGAGGGUAAGACCGACUACUACGCUCGCAAGCGCCUGAUCACCCAGGCCAAGAACAAGUACAACGCUCCCAAGUACCGCAUGGUUGUUCGCUUCACCAACCGCGACAUCGUCACUCAGAUCGUCCACUCUGAGAUCUCCGGUGACAAGGUCAUUGCCGCCGCCUACUCCCACGAGCUGAAGGCCUACGGUAUCACCCAGGGUCUUACCAACUGGGCUGCCGCCUACGCCACCGGUCUGCUCCUUGCCCGCCGUGUUCUCACCAAGCUCGGCCUGAACGAGCAGUUCCCUGGUGUCGAGGAGGCCACUGGCGAGCACACUCUCGCUGAGGCCGUUGAGACCGAGGAUGGCGAGCGCCGUCCCUUCAAGGCUUUCCUUGAUGUUGGUCUCGUCCGCACCUCCACCGGUAACCGUGUCUUCGGUGCCAUGAAGGGUGCCUCCGACGGUGGUAUCUUCAUCCCCCACUCCUCCCGCCGUUUCCCCGGUUACGACAUCGAGACCGAGGAGCUCGAUGCUGACCUUCUCCGCAACUACAUUGUCGGCGGCCACGUCUCUGAGUACAUGGAGACCCUCGCCGAUGAGGAUGAGGAGCGCUACAAGUCCCAGUUCGCCAAGUACAUCGAGGAGGAGAUCGACUCCGGAGACCUCGAGGAGCUCUACACCGAGGCCCACUCUGCCAUCCGUGAGGACCCCUUCAAGAAGGAGGAGGGUGCUGAGCCCAAGAAGUCCAAGGAGGAGUGGAAGGCCGAGAGCAAGAAGUACAAGACCAAGAAGCUCUCCCGCGCCGAGAAGAAGGCUCGUGUCCAGGAGAAGAUCCGCGAGCUUGCUGCUUAA